AUGAAAUUAUUUACGGGACUAUUUGUUAUUGCUUUAGUAGUCGUCCUCGCUGAAGGACAACGAGGCGGUCCAGGUGGACCAGGAGGCCUAGGAGGACCAAGAGGACAAGGUGGCCCAGGAGGCCCAGGUGGACCAGGAGGAGUUGCUCCUGGUGGUAUUCCCGGUGCUGCUCCUGGUGGCAGCCCUAGUGGUGCUCCUGGUGGUGGUCCAGCUCCUCCUCCACCUCCACCUCCACCUCCACCCCCACCAUCAAACUCAACAGUUGCUCCCUCAAGCUCAACCACUGUGGCGCCUUCCAGUAACUCAACAACUGUGGCGCCUUCCAGUAACUCAACAACAGUUGCAUGA